CGCGGCUUUUGAAGAGGAAAAAAAAAAAGGGCAGUCAGAAGAGAUAAGCUCAGGGCCUGUGGUGGUUCUUUGGAGAUGUCCCCCUCCCGCCUUCUUCCCUAUUUCUUGCAGUUUGGGAAAGUGGAGACAACACGCAGAGGAACGAGAAAGAAAGCAAGAAAAUAAAAGGACGGCGAUCGAGUCGCCCAUCCUGUUCGUCUCCGCGGCCGGGAUGCAUACGCUUGCCCGAAAGGAGCGGAAGCACGAUCGUUCUGGCGAAACGCGUUGUCGUGGUGGCUUCGAAAAGCAUUUGUGUGUUCUCCCAACACUUUUGAACUUUCUUUUUACCAUCUCUUUCGCAUUUGCCAAUAUGUUUUUCUUUUAUUGUCUUUUUCCUUGUUCCUGUUUCUUUAGCGUUCUUUUUUUUUUUUUUUGUCAUUUCCAGCUAGAAAUAUCAGUUGCAGCAAUUACAUACCGAAUAUCAAUAUACAUAUUUACUUCUCUGGGACGAAACAGGGGUCGAUAGGUUUUCGAACCAUAUUGCAGCGACAGCGCACCGGACGGAACUUCCGCUUAUUCAUUCGUAAUUCCUCAAGCACAAACCAAGCAAACAGUCGAAGACUUAACGAUUGUGCCAGCCGUUGCUGGCCCGCUCGCGAUAGGCGCUAGAGGCGCGCACGCACAGCGCGCUCGGCGACACCCCCUUCGAAAGCGCGGCUUCGUCGUUUUUCCUUUUCUCCGCAGGCUCUGCAGGGGAGCCGAUCCAGCAGCGGGGCCAAAAACGGCGCGUGUUUUUGUGUUCCCAGAAAGGCGGUCGCGUUGGAUGCCGCCGUCGCCACCACGGCGCGAGAGAGCGAGGCCUCCACCGCUCGCCCUCCCAAAGCCGAAGCGCGCGCGCACACACACACACACGCACGCACGCCUCUACUCCGCGCAAGGAACGGGCGGCAGCGUGCAGCAGCACUUCCGCGCGGUUCGGCGCGAGCGCUGUCCCCUCCCUCUUCUCUGCAUCCAUUCCCAGACGGGACGCCGCCGAGAACCCAGGCGUCGUGGUGUCGCGCCCGGGUCCGCUUCUUUGGAGCUUCGACCCAUCGUCGUCGUCAGCGAGUCGUCGGCCCUGACGCCGCGGGGCCCUGACGAGACGUAUAUCGCCAUUUGCAUGCCUGUCGCGCUUCAACGCCGCCGGCCGGCCUCGGCUCUGCCCGAUGACAGUGCCGAGGAGGAGGCGACGACGCCGGAGAAGAAGGACCGUCCUCGUCAUCAACUGACAGUCGUCGUGCCCGAAGCGACGAGGAGCGCGGUCUUCACCUGUCCGUUCCGCGCGGCGGUUCAGGGAGCAAGUAGCCGCUCGCCUCAUCGUGGCUGCCACUGCUGAUGGUGCGGCAGCAGAUUUUUUGGCAAGGCAGCUGACAGGACGCGAGUUGCGUUCACUUGAGAGACAUACCGACAGAUGAACGAAGGCGUAUCUCGGAAGAAUAAGGAUACCACUCUUUUUUGUGCGCGCGCGUGUGAUUGCUACUUCUGCGGUUUCAUCGGCGACACCGAAAUUGGUGCGGUGACAGUUGCGCGAGUGGAACAAUAACAAUCUGUCAUCGCUCUUUUCGUGCUCUCGCGGUGCUUGCCGGCGCGAAGAAACGGGACCAGUUUCUCAUCCGACCCGCUGGCGCGUCACUGUUUCCCCACCACUGCAGUCGGUCGGGAAAAAAAGAAUCGGGAGACGAACGGCGACGACAAGCCGUAUCAACGAAAACAACCGAAGAGAAGCAAGCAAACGGAGCAGGAGAAACCGCAGAGCGCGGGGCCCGUCCGCGACCACCAUACAUCAAGCGAAUUUUCGACUGGCGUCCAGCGCGCGACGGGGUGGUGGAUACUCGCGAUCUAGCAAAGGGGAGCAGCGUCGGAAGGGCCAGCGAACCGGCGCGCGGAAGUAAGCCAAGCAAGCUCGGAAGGAAACGAAAGGGGAGGAAGCGGGGGCGAAGCGGCGGCGACCGCGCUCUCGGCGCCGGACUACGCGUCGGCGGCGGCGGCGCUGGUGGUGAAGCCGACGCGCCGCCUGCUCGGCGCGCGACGCCGCUUGUUGUCGGGCGGCGGGGAGUGGAGCGAAGCAGAGCCGACAGCGCGGCGCGGCACUUCGGCGUCGCGGCGUCGGGCGAGCGCCGGCGCUGGCGUGUGCGCCGGCGGCUGACGGCGCUCACCACGGCGACGACGACGACGCGCCAGCGAGAGGAGUCGCUGGCGCGAGCGCCGGCGGACAUGCUUGGCCUUGGCACCGCGGGCAGCUUCGCCGUCGUGCCCCGGAGAGUCGCGACAACUGUUGCCAGCUGGCCGUCCACGCUUCUGCUGACACUACUCUGUCUCCUGUGCCAGUGGACCGUCGCGAAAGCUGACAUCCGCUGUCACUGCAACCUGGCACCGUGCGUGUCCACGGGCUACAUGUGCAAGUCUGAGUUGGGACUCUGCUUCUCCGAGAGCGUCCAGAUGACGUCGCUAGUCCUGAACGCCGCCGCGACGACGGCGCCACGCCACGGCUGCGUCGACCUUCUGGCCGACGUGGCAGACGAGGCCAACUACGGUUGCAAAGAGGAUGACGGUGCAUCCUCGCCUAUUUUGGAGGCUCCUCAGUCUUCAGAAAGUCGGCAGUGCUGCAGCGAUGACAUGUGCAACUUCCAGAGGGACUUCCAACAGCCUGGUGCUUCCGAAUCGCGGACCAGGGGAGGCGGCGAGCAGCACACAUCGUCCCUGACGCGCCUGGUGUGGUUCCGGGCGGCGGUGAUUGCGGUGCCCAUCGCCGGCGGCUCGGUGCUCGUGCUGCUCGUGCUGCUGGCCGCCCGUCUGCUGCGCAAGGACAGCGAGCUUCCGUCCACGGCCUCCGCCAACUUCCACGAGGCGCUGCACAAGGGCCGGCACCGAGGCCUGCUUCGCGCCUGUGUGCGCCGCUGUUGCUGCCUCAACGGCGACGGGGCCGCAAACGACACGGACAAGGGUGCGGUCGUGCUCGUCUAGCGUGCAAUCCCGGGCAGCCGCGCUGUGCAAGAAUGUGCGCGCGGUCAACAGGAGGGCUUCCAGCAUCGCUACCACACCACCUUCUUCACUCGUGUUGUUAACUUGUUUUUCUAGCGCGCUCUUCUUUUUUUCGAUUUUAUUUAUUCCUACGUUGUGCCUUGAAUACGCUUGAAAGACGUUUCCGCCUCGUGGUGCCAAAGAGUGCUUGCAAAAAAAAAAGAAGAAAGUAAGAACAGUUGCUUGUUAGCCCGUGCUGGAGCCACGCACUGAACUGUCGCCGGCGCCGCCUUGUUAAAGGGACACUAAAGCGAAACAAUAAAUCAGUUUAGGCUAAUGAAGUACUGCUUGAGAACCCUGCAGGCACUUAUUUCAAAAGAAUAGUUUGAUUAUUAGAUGAGAAAAUGAAGGUCCAAGUAUCAGUAUUUGAAUUUCGCUCCGAAACCCCAGCGCCGGUACGUCAGCGUGACGUCAGGGAUACCAAAGUAUGUUUUCGCAUUUGGGCCGCGUUAGCUGAAUAAAGGUUCCCGAAACUUGCCACGUUUCAUAUUUGGUUCCUUUAGAACACAAUGUAGUCAAUCUGUAACGCUAUAUAUAAUUAGUAGGCCCUAGAAGAUGCCAUCAAAAUCCAAGACGUCACAGCCCACAGGUGCGGGAACUUAAGUAGGCGUCGCCACCCGUAUUUCGUUCUUGCAUUUUUUUCUGGCUUUCCAAACUUCUUAUCGUUGUAAGAGUGGUGUUUUUGGCGUUGUAGAACGGUAAUUUACUGCUGCAGAAGAAAUCAUUUUUCACUUUAGUGUCCCUUUAAGUAAGCGAGUUUCACACUUUUAAUUCACAUUUUUGCGGUAUGUACGACCGUCGCAGAAAUGCCUAGGAACUGUUCGCCAAGUUGUUGCUCAGGUAGAGGCAGUUUCGCCAAAAAAAUUAUAGAAAUCCAGAAUUUUCACAAUAGGUUUAAAAGGCCAAUGUGGAAUUCCAGCGUUGGGAAGAAAAGUUGCUUUGAAUUGAAUGGAUUUCACCAUGAUGCGAAACUGCGCUUCCUCGACGCAAUGCCGAACUGGCAUUGCUUGUUUCGUGCUGCUUCCUGCGAAAAUUAGUCAUGCAUGCUAACCUGCGGAGUAACGUGAACAUGGCCUCAGUAUAGAUAUUCUUCAAGGGCUCGACGACAGUUCAGAGACGCUGCGUGGUUAACUGGCGGGAACCUAGUCAUUGCGUGAGCGAGUUAUUUGCUUCGUAUGUUGUUUUCAGUGUUUGCGUCGUUCCGAUUUUUUUUUUUUUUUUUCGCCGGGAGCUGGUCCCGCCAUAAUGCAUUUUUGAGGUGUUGCAGGCUAUAUGUGACGUUCAGCCAAACACUCUACAGAAUCUUUUAGCGAAUCCUUAACACAAGCGACGUUAUGCUUCCAGCGCUAAUUUUGUAAUACUUCGGCUGAAGAUAUUCAGCUACUGCAAACUUCCAUGUCGGACCUUUCGGCCAUGAAGAGGCGAUGCAUUUAGUAGCUCUGAGAACGGUCCCAGUUUAGUUCAUGAGAGUGCGGCGUCGUAGAAUUUUAUACCUCGUUCGCGUCUUGCAUUUGAAUUACCCGACUGCAACAAACAGUCGCUCGCCUUUGGUAGCCUGUAGAACCAAGAAACACCAACUGUGCUUGGUUUCGUAGUUUACGCGAGGUUAUACUAGAAAUCCUACUUCUCCCGUUGCUCGCUCACACUUACGCUUUCAUGGCUUCCCAUUUAAAUGAUGACGCCAUAUUUUUGCUGGCAAAUGAUGCCUGCCGUGCUUCCACUGAGUACCUAAAUCACUUAUAUGUGCUGCAUUGCAGAUACGCUUGCUAGUACACACUGAAUAGAAGCGUGCCAGAGUAGUUUUUUCAUGAACAGCAAGCCGUGCCGCCAGUUUGUUGGAGGUCCGUACACAGUCUCUGUGUCAGCAUUGCCUUCGUGCCACUUUGCCUACAACCAUUUAGCAUCCUAGCUGUCUGUUUACCACAGUGCUAUAGCUGCAUCUGAAGUUACCUGUAUAUUACGUGAGCAAAGGGAGGUAUUACCAUCACCACCACACUUGAAGCCUUGUCCUUUCCGGACUUCGGAACCGCGGUUCCAAUUGCCCUUGAAGUAUGUACGUCCGCUUUCAUGCACUGUAGAAAGAGUAGUCUCAGCUGACAGGUAGCCGUAGUAUCAAAGGGGCCCCUCUUGUUCAAGAAGUGCCAAGCAGAACCCUUUAACGACUGCUGUAGGAAACGGCAUGCUAGCACUGUAAGCGCUUUUGUUUUAAAUAUAAGCGACUUACCCAAAUCGAGCCGAAAUGGUUUCUAGCCUGAGGCGCCUUUUAGUCGCCCUGUCGUUCAGUGUGCAAAAGAACUUAAAAAUAUUUAGGCUGCGCAUCAGCCACAAGAACGCUAGUCAACAGGUGCCUUCAGAUCACGUGGAUUCCGAGAGAAGUCGAACUAAAGGAUUGCAUCAAUUUGCAUUGCGCACGAUGGUAUCCGUUACCUAGGUUGCGAAAUAAUUGAACCGCAGCCACGUUAAUCAGGUGUUUGCCCUUGUUCAUGCAGGGUAGCUCAGACUGGGGCGCGCACGCAAGGUGCACGUUGCCGAAGUGCAGAAAAAAAAUAAGGGCAGGUAGGCGCCGGAAAUCUGCAUGUUGCACCGAGAUUAGAUCUACCUUAUCGCGCGAUUUCUAUGCGCAAAGAAAAAGAAUACGGAUGGCCGACAGAUAGAAGUGCGCUUCGCGACAGCAAUGCUGUGGGGUGGACCUGCGUUUAUUCUCACUGUGCGGUCCGGAUAACCUCGACCGACCACAUCAGCCGGAUCGAGACGGCUGCUAACUGUACAAGGCGUCUACAUGAAUCCGACAAGAGCGGGCCGGGUAAACGCUUCCUAGAUAGCGCAAGACAUCCAUGACGUCAUGCUACCUUGCCCGACUGCCAUAUAAUCUAAUGGGGAUGCUCCCGAGUGAGCCGCGGUGAUUUUGCCGUUACCACUUUCGUCACGCCGGGCUUGGAAAUGAAAAUUUCGGUCCAUUUAGCAUGAAGUCGUAAAGCAGAGUGCGCAGGCCUACCAUCUAUAGGAGGCGUUGGUCGAGUCGACGUGUCGAGCUGAGAUUCGCCUGUCGCGCCCAUUAAAUGCCAGGCGGUCGAACUGAGCGAGCGUCGAGUUGGACUUAGCCAGAGCAUCCCCACCGUGCGCAUUGCCUCAACCCGACCUGCCGGCACGGCGCGUGUGAAUGCAGACGGACCGGUUCGCACCCAGCAACAAAUAACAAGAGGCGCAGUUUAUUCGCUUUGUUUACUCGGGUCGACACGAGUUCAUGUAGGCGUUGUCGGAUCGGGCAGUGUCAUCCCAACCUCUAACUCGAUCAUUUCGCGUCGGGUUCAUGUAAACGAAGGCAUAACAAACAUUCCAGUUUUCUUUUUUGAUUUCGAUAAAAAUUCAAACCUUGAGCGACCAAACCUAUAUUCUCCUAAUAACGAUCUAACGUCAAACGGAGCAAAAAUGAACUGAGAGGUACGGAUCCUAUUUGUAUUUGUGCCUCUCUCUUUGGUGCCAAAUCGCCAGGCCAUGUUAUAACCAUAUUACGUCAACUGCGUCGCGCCGUCCCAUCGACCACGAAAGAUGCCAAUAGGCUGCCUCGUGAAAGCUUCCCGUACGUAACUUACACGCACAAUGCAAAGAUCGCUUAAUAGCGCUAAGUAGUGCGACAAUCACGGCAGCGCCGCACAUUGCACAUUUGCCUAUAGCCUUAACAUAGCGUCGCUUCUGUGGGGGCGGCUGCGCACGGUUUAUGCAAGCACACUCAUUUUUUACACACACCAGCCUCUCUUUGUCGCAUGGACGCCGAGCACGUAGCAUGUAGAAGUAUAUAAAGUUUCAGGUGCCCUCCACGCAAGUAUAAUAUAUACGACAUGUAACGCACGGGUGCGCGCGCGCUUCAAGCUCAACCGUCUCUUACCUGAUUGCUUCCUGCCUUACAGUAAAGAGCAAUGGCUGAGUAGCUGUAGUCGGGAACGUAGGAGCGGAGUGCUCUGCCGCCCGUGGUCACGUUGACAUCCGGAAUUGGGGCAAGUCCUUGCACGACGACCCACUCCCACACGGCGUUCUUGGCGGCAGCUAUAGCAAAGCAGCGGUAGGCCACGCUGGUGUGGAUGGGCAGUUUGCACGUGAUCGGAUGAGCUGCUGGAUCGUGCGUUAAGGGUCUCGCGACACGCUUUGCGCCUCGACGGUUUAGCGAAUGAGGGAUGCUGCCUGCAUUAUCGCUCAUCGUGUCUAUAGAGCACUGGAAGCGUCGUACGCGCCUGACCGCACGGCCAGACUACUGGUCCCGUCGAGCAGCAAGUUGAGUACUUUUGACCGAGGCUACCCCGUCGAUGCGAAACGUCUUUAAUUGGGCGAAUUUUUGUUUCUCAAUUCGCAUAGGCGUGACGUAAUUCAAGCGCACUUCGAAAUUGUCCCAACGAAGACAGCCUCCAGCCCCAUCUACGCCAGCGCGACUUCCUCCCAUGACGCACAGUGUGCUUCAGAAUGCGAGUCGCGUAUUACUUCACUGAAAAAAACGCACCUAGCCGCUGCUUCAAACUUUAACGCACUUCGCAUGAACGGAAACAUCCAGCGAGGAACGGUACUACAAGCUCACAGUUAGACUUUGACACUGUAUGCGAAAAUGCGAACUGAUUGCACUCUUCAACUAAUGUUUAUACAAUCGCCAUGUUUUGGGAUAGUCCGUAGUAUACUAGUCGAAAGCCCAAUACUAUCACGAUUCUUACAAGUGUCAUUAAAAUUGAAACGGCUUGGAGAACAUAUUUUUCCAGUCUGAAAGUCGCAAGAUUACUGGUUGAGCCCUUCACUACGUUCACUUUGGUUACAGCGCAUGCUCCUGUAAGGUCUUCGGAGGUGGAGACAGUAACGUGCUGUCUACUUAUAAAUAGAUCGGACAAAGUUUGCCACAUUUCCUUUGUGCUAAGCGCUUGUAAUAUUCGUCGUCGCUACAGCCGGUGCUGCCAUGUUUCUUUUUUUUUUCCCCCUAAUUCAGAGGCUUCUCGAAUCUUGCUUUGUCGUCAUAGGGUAAUCGCCCACGGAACGAAAGGUUGCAGCAUGCCUUGGUAAGCGCGAUGGUGGCGCGGGCUUUCGCGUUAACACUCGCACGAGUGCGAUUAGACGGAUAGCCAAAACAGGUUGGGCCAAUGCAAACGAUAGCCAUGCGCAGGUCCUCGUUACCCGGGCCGAGAAAAGAAGCCGCAUGUCGCUGCCACCGGGGAUGAUGACGGCGCAGCUGUUCGUUUCACGCGUGGCGGGCAACGACGCUGAAACUGUUCCUUGAUCCGCGCGGCCGAGCUAAACAUAAACCCAGAGAUGGCGCAAUGGCUGGGUCUGUACCCGAGGCGUCACGCCCAGAAAGCAAAUGCGCGCUAAUGGAACGCAAAGCGCUUCCGGAUGACAAGACCGGUGGGGCGUAGUUUGCAUGUCGACAUCACGCGCCUGUGUGUCUCCGCUCAUGCCGGCGCACAGUGUCAAGUUAUUUGCGGCUUCAUGACGCCGGAGCUGCAGCCGAAUAUGCGUGUUUACUUGCACGACGUGUGAUGACCGGCAUCACCCGAGUUUGUUUCUGUAGGUCCGCUGAGCUCGCUGCACGUGCAUAAUAGUUUGCCGUUCCUUAAUGUACAGGCGGAGCGGGAAAAUAGCGUACAGCCGACAACUUUUCCGUGUGUAGAGCGUGGUGUUGGAGUGUUCUGUACAAUUGGCCCUGAAUUCGACCAAUUCGCGAUUUCUCAAGUGUUGAGUGUUUGAUGGGAAGCAAUGCAUGCUUAUUUUGAUGUUAUUUUGAUGGUCUAAGUGGGUCGGCUGCGGCAACGGUCCUCCUCCACAGGUGUUAAAAAAGUCUAAGCCCAAGUAACCCGGCGUCCGCAUAAGAGGCGAAAAAAGCCCCUCUUUCGCGGUAGCGAUCCUGCCCUCCCAAAUGGCGCUGCGUUUUGUCCCGCCUUGGGUCAUCGGCCUGCGCCGACAUAUAAUGGAAUUAGGAAUUAGCCAUGUAGGAGUCUUCCUGCAUGCCCAUGUCAGCGUGUCUGAGAAAGUAUAUCGAUGGUUGGAUUUCGCACAGUGAGAAAGCCUCAGCACCACUCUCACACGCGGAGAUGAACGAUCCGCUUCAUUUAACAAAAAUGCCAGCUUCACAAUGCGGAAGCCAGACAAAGACGAGAAGAGGGACGAAGACGAGCGCUUCGUCCUUGUUCUUGUCUUUGUUAGCGUCACGAAUCGCCAACAAGCCCAGGUUGCUCCAACCUUGCCGUUCUAAUGGGUAUCCUGCACUCCUAUUUGCGUGCCCACGUGCAAACAGGGUCGCUUCGCUUGUGUGUCGCCCAGCCGCAAACGCGACGCUUUCACACCCCAAAUUUACGCGAGAACUUAACAGUGAAAAUAGGAAUAAGCUUCGAAACCGAACAAGAAAAAAUCAAUUUUGCUUCGCACGAUGUAGAAAUCAAAAACACUGUCAUUUUAUACUCCGUGAAACAGUAGCACCACAUGUAUGUCUGGUGACCUUUAGAUAAGUAGGGUCGUUAACCAUUGGCGGAAUGCAUUAGUUUAGGUGCCCAUCCACAGGUGGCGCGACCUUAAGUAAAUCUUUGCUUUAGGCCAAAGAGUGUGCCAAUUGUCGAAACACGGGGCCAAUCGGAAGGUUUGCUACUUUAGUUCUCUGCGCAUGUGAAAGCCGAGAGCCUCCGAAGGCAGUGUGGAGAAAGGGAUGUCGUGCGCAUGGAUGCCCGAUAAAAAAUAAAGAUACGCCAAAGCUGUCCACGUACCUGCCACAGCCACUGUUACAUUAUGCAUCCUGUAUACGUGCCAUGCCCGGCGCCAGCAGGCUUCUUGCCCGCAGACAAAAAAAUAAAUAAACACAAAAAAAAAAGACAGCCCACGCCGUGCGCCGGGCGCCACCGCGUGUCUUGUGCCAUAGAAUCGACAUUUUUGUACAUAUUUUUCUUAUUGUGCUGUACAGUUUUCUAUGCUUGACUUCGCGGAGCGGAGGCCCCGUCUGUAAGGCGUGACUGCUCUUUCGCUUUCGGCCGGGGGAACCGAUUAAAAAGAACUUUAAAAAACAAAUGAAUAAAACGCGCAGUGUCAGUGCCAAUGCCGACUGCGCACCGACUCCGCCCAUUCCCUUAUGCGUGGUGCCGGUGCGGAGUGCCAUUUCUGUUUUGUGCCAGCGCGAAGGCUUCCCUUUUUUAACACACACUGUUGUAUAUAUGAAUUAUUAUACAUUAUUAUUAUAUUUAAGAGAAAGCCACGCUGGCAAAAUGAUGUACGAUGCAAGAGAAUAAAAAAGAAAUCUGAUCGCUGAAGCAAACCUGAA